UCGAGCCCGCCGAUAUGUGCAGCCUCUCGGCUACGUUGUUGGCCGGCGCACUCCUGUGCCUGGCGGCGCCGGCGGUUGCGGCGAGGUCGCCGGGAAGGACGUUCAGCGUCCUGUCGUUCGGGGCUGCGGCGGACGGGGUCACCGACGACUCCGAGGCACUUGUCGCGGCAUGGGAAGUGGCGUGCCGAGUCCCGCGCGCAACCGUGCUACUCCCGUCAGGGCACAGGUUCCUCGUCUCGCCGGUCACUCUCCAAGGCCCCUGCAACACGAAACUCACACUUCAGAUAGAUGGCACCAUGUUGGCGCCUCCAGAGAUGGGUUCCUGGCCGAAGUCCAGGAGGCCUCUCCAGUGGCUCAACUUCAAGUGGCUGCAAGGCUUCAGCAUCCAGGGAGCUGGAACGGUUGAUGGCCAGAGCAUUUCACUGCGAAGUGCCGACCCACCAGCUAAUACUUCUCAGGGAUCUGCAAGGGACUGGUAUGCAUCAGGAGUAAAGCCUACGCUUAUAAGGUUUUACAACAGCUUCAAUGUUACCGUGCGCAAUAUCAGGAUCACCAACAGCCCACAGUGCCACCUCAAAUUCGACAGCUCGGGAGGCAUCAAGGUGAAGAACAUCACCAUCUCUUCUCCUGGGGACAGCCCUAACACCGACGGCAUCCAUCUUCAGAACACCAGGGAUGUCGAGAUCAGGAGCUCAAGCAUUGGCUGCGGCGAUGACUGCGUAUCGAUACAGACGGGUUGCUCAAACAUUCACAUGAAAAACAUCAUCUGCAACCCCGGUCAUGGAAUCAGUGUAGGAGGACUUGGGAGGGACAACAGCUUGGCCUGUGUCUCUGAUGUAAUUGCAGAGAGCAUCAAUGUGCAGAACGCUCUUUACGGUGUCAGGAUCAAGAUAUGGCAGGGAGGCGUGGGCUCGGUGAGGAACAUCACCUUCUCCAACAUCAGGGUGGCGAACGUGGCGACGCCGAUCGCCAUCGACCAGUUCUACUGCGACAGGGGCAGGGCGCGGUGCGCGAACCGGACCGGCGCGGUGGCGAUCACCGGCGUGACGUACCGGCGCGUCGUCGGGACGUACUCGUUCCAGCCGGUGCGCCUGGCGUGCAGCGACGCCAGGCCGUGCACCGGCGUCAGCCUCGUCGACGUGCGCCUGUCGCCGUCGCCGGAGCCGGCGAGCGCUCAGCAGGGGCCUCUGUGCUGGAACACCUACGGCGAGGCGCGCGGGACGGUAGAGCCCUUGGGAACUGGGUGCUUGCAGAGGAGCAAUGGAUAUGUGACGCCUUUGACCCAGCCUUUUAACUACACAUGCUGAGAGUCCUGUAACUGGGAUGCUUUUCAAAGCGAAAGCAUCUGUUUCAGCCGUCAGAGGCCAAUCAUUCGCCUCGUCCAACUGGAACAAAACAUAUAAAGCGAUAGCUGGUAAUCGACAAUGUCAUGCAAUCUCCUGUUCUAGGCUGGAAUUUCAAGCUUCCAGAGCAAAUAAAAACCAAUAAAGCUAUGUUUAGGACGCAUGAAUUUCACAAGAAACAGCACUAUUAUUACUUCAGAGAUUGGAAAAAUUUUGUGUUUCAAACGGGGCCUAACUUAUCAGUGUACAGGAGCCAGCCAUAUAUUGAGUAGAAAACCUACUAGUCACGAUUAGCCACCGGGCACAAAGAACAUUACAGUUUACAAAUUAAAGCCAACAUGAUGAUCA